GACGUGUAUACGUUUAUUUUAGGUGGUGUGUCAUCUUCAUAUGUUCAUUAUAUAGGCUAACUUUUUUUAUUAAGUAAAAUAAUAUCAACAUGGCGGAAAUAAAUAAUGAUUUAAACGAUAAAAAUCUUCCAUCUGAAGAUACUUCUCCUCGAGAUACUGGUAGCGAAGUGGAUAGCUCUUCAUUUGAAACAUUACAGAAUUUGGCUGAAGCAAGUUUGGAUCGCUUAGAAGAAUCAGUAUCAGGAUUAAAUACUGCUUCAAAGGACAAAUGCAUUCCAGGACCACUUCCCAAAGAAGGAAAGGCUUUUACUGAAAUCAAGGAAACUUUACUUGGAUUGAUUGCCAAAAGUGAAGCUGAAGAAGAGGAAGAAAUGAUAAUAUCAUAUACUAAACCUGAUAGACGUAUUCACACUGAAGUACAGAAAGCAGCUCUUUUAUCACAUACAUUUGCAGCUUAUAUCAGUACCCUGGAUAAGAAUUUAGUAUGUCGUAUAGCUAUGCAAAUAGUCUCCGAUACAAGUCUAUGGUUGAGCAAAAUUUUCAGGUUCUUUGAUUCUUUAGCAUAUUUCAGUAAAGAUAGUAAAGAAGGAUUAAUUCGUGUCAUUAGAAUGGUUCUUCACAUGAGAUACCUUAGGUACUCGGGUACUGGUUAUGAAGCUUUAUUCACACGCCCACCUGUUAUAUACUAUUGUGAUCCUGAUGCACAUAAUGUAGGAAAAUACCUGUCAUAUUUGUGUUCACAACUUGGAUUACCUUUGUCAUGCAUUCAAGCUGUCCCAAGUAUGUCAGGCUCUUCAGACAACCAGUUCAAAAUGGAUACAGCAGCUUUAGAAAAAUGCAUCAAAGAUGAUUUAUCAGCUACCAAAACACCUUUGCUAGUCAUUGCUAAUGCUGGUUCAAAUAUAGUUGGACAUGUUGACAAUCUACAAAAAAUUCAAGAAAUAUGCCUUGCUCACAAUGUUUGGCUACAUGUCAAUGGCCAUAGCUUAGCAGCAUUGAGUUUAGUUAUUGUUCCUAACUUGCCUUCCAAUCUUGGUGAUAGUAUGACUUUGUCUUUAGGUGACUGGAUUGGUCUUCCAUCUUUGCCAUAUGUUACUUUAUAUAAAGCAAAGGAGAUGGCACAUGUUCAUGCUGCUGGAUUAGGACAAGCUUCUUAUGGGCAUUUAGAUUUUCUUCCUAUAUGGUUUGCAGUUCAAACUUUGGGUUAUGACACACUCACCCAAAUGAUACGACAUUCUUUUGAACUGGCCGAUCUUUUGCUUCAAGGCAUAGAAAAAUUUCCAGAACUUAGAAUAAUUAGUAAAAGAAAACCAGCACCUAAGGAUGGUCACCAUCAUGAUGUAUCAACUAUUGGAGAGAAAAGUAUUCCAACAAUGAUACUUUUUGAAGCUUUGACUUCUGUAUUAGUUUUCCAAUAUACCUCAAAAGCCUCCAAAGAUCAAGAAUCUCCAGAAAGAAAUCCACCAUAUUAUGAUAAUUUGAAUUCAUGGCUUGUGCAGUUAAUGGCUAGACAAGUUCCCACUAUUAAAACUGAGAUAUUGGAUCUGUCAAAUUUUGGUGUAUGUUUAAGAAUCUGCCCUUUGGAAAAUGCUCAUGUUCUGGGAAGUACGAAAAAGGAUGUAGAACAUUAUUUCCUAUGCCUUCAGCAACAAAUUGAAAUUCUCAAUGCCACAGUCCAACAAAAAGAGAAGCUUUAUCAAGAUCAUAUGAAAUAUCCUAAACUUCAGCUUGUAGAAAUAGCAAACUGGGCUGGAAUGGGUGGUGUAAGAUAUAUUCCUGAGUUUUGGGCUGAUAGGUUAAAUGAAUUAACAGAUACAGGGAAGGCUGAUAUUAAUCAAUUAAAUUCUGAAUUAGUGGCAAAACUGAAAGCAUCAGAUUCUGCAUUUUCGCUUGGGGAGGCUGAUGAUGGUAUGCUAUGUGUACGGUUUGGAAUGGUUGACGCUCAUUUAGAUUUGGAUGAAUUGAUGAAUCUAGUGACUUCUGCUGGACAGGAGUUAGAAGAGUCUUCCAAGUUUUUGGAAACAAUGUCUGAAAUGAUAAGACAGGGUAUUGAAGAGGCUAACAAGGAACUAAUGCAUGAAAACGAGGAAAAAAUAAUGCAAGAAGGUGUUUUAAGACAAGUGCCAGUUUUAGGAUCAUUGGUAUCCUGGUGGUACCCAACUCCGAAAGAAACUGGUAUUAAAGGAAGAAGUUUUAAUUUAACUUCAGGUACUAUUGAAAGCACAGAAAAUAUUUAUAAAUAUCAUAUGCAAAUCAAAGAAGGAUCAAAAUCUUCAUCUACAGCAACAAAAUUUAUAUCUCGUAGUUCUAGUCAGUCUUCAAAUGCUGAACAAAAGAGCAGCCCUACACCAUCAAAUCCAUGACAAGUUCAUCCAUGGUUAAUAGGAGAAUGAUACUAUAUUUAAACUUUAUUAUGCAACAUAAUUUGUUUCGGGACGAUAUCUGGAUAUUUAAACAGCACAAUAAGGGUGUUGCACUUUAAAGUUUUAUAUUUACUUACCUCUUUUGUGGGUGAGGCCUUAACUUUUGCAUACUUCUUAGCCUUAUUGUUACAAAGGAUUUUUUUCUUGUAUCUUGACGAUACUAAGCUUCCAUUAUUUAAAAAUAUUUUACAAAUAUUUCUUUUCUAGUGUUUUUUUUCUAGUCAUAUCUUUUAAUAAAUAUGGUUAUUAUAAAGAUACUAAUUAUAAUUAUUUAGCAUGAUUUUGUUGUAUAAUUUGUGGCAUUAAUAUAUACCUGUUAGAAUAAGGUUUCUUUUUAUAUUAUAAAAUAUAAAUCAAUCUUGUUUGGUUUAAAAUCAUUAAUAUUUAGACAGUUUUAGGUUAAUAGAUGAAUAAAGUUAUUGUAACAUAUUCACUAGUCGCAAGAUAAAAUAUAUACUUGUUUUAUACUGGCAUAGUUUAAAAUAUGUUAAUUUUUGCUUUUUUUGGUGAUUAGUUUAUAACUAGAAUAAAUCGUUUUGUGGUAACUGUUUUUGAAGUCUUGUAAAAAAAAAAAAGUGCAUCUUACUGAAAGGCAGAAAUUUACAAAAAAGUUUUAUGGGCUUAAUGUUAAAACUUUUUUAUGUAUUAAUUAUUUUAAUUAAACAUCAGUUUUCAAUAAUAAAGGGAUUAUCUGUAUUUUAAAUUAUAUUGUUUUAAUUUUUUAAAUUAGCAUAUUAUAGAGGCAUAUAUGUCUGAUGUAUGCCAUGAAAUAAUAACUAUUCUUUGUACUUUUUUUAAUGUGUCAGUAAAUAAUUGCAACGAAAAAAUAUCAAAUAAUUU